ACUGAUAAGUGACACUGAAAGGCAGCUCAGAUGGGCACUGAUAUGUUGCAUUGAUGUGCACUGGUAGGCACUGAUAUGGGGCAUUGAUGUGGCACUGAUGGGCACUGGCAGGUGGCACUGAUGAGCACUGAAGCUGGCAUUGAUGGACACUGACAGUUGGAACUGCUGGGGCUACACUGAUCAUCAGGGCACACUGAUCAUCAGUGCCCUGAGGAUCAGUGUUCAUGUGCCCUCCGAGGAAUCUCGUGAGGAGAGAAAUGCCGAUAACUGGCAUUUCCCUAUUUACAUGCGAUCAGCUGUGAUUGGACACAGCUGAUCACAUCACCAAGCCGAAAUCUUCGGC